CGAGAGAUUUUCCUCAACCGUACACCUCUUGAAACAACCCCACUUGCACGCUCAUUCUGGCAGCAUGGAGACCACUGGCUACGCACUCGUUGUUGGCGGGGGAAGUGGAAUAGGCAAGGCCUGUGCUCUACUUUUCGCCAAAGAAGGCGCAGCUGGCGUGAUUGUUGCGGAUCUAGAUGUGUCCGCCGCCGAGACCGUGGGCGCUCAGUGCGUUUCAAUGGCCUCCAACCCCAAAUUCCGCGCCGAAGCCAUCCAGAUCGAUAUCACGCAGGAGGAAUCGGUCAAGCGUGCCGUUGAUAAGGCGGUGCAGACGUUCGGCCGCAUCGACUAUUGUGUCAAUUCCGCUGGGAUUGGCGUGCAACAAGGUACUGACAUCGUCAGCCUCUCGUUGGCCGACAUCAAGCGCUUCAUCGAGGUGAACACCAUCGGCACGUUUCUUGUUACUCGCGAGGUCUCGGCCGUGAUGCGCGGCCAGACGCCCAUCACUAAUUCCUUAUCGUCGGCGAUCCUGCGCGGCGAAACGCGCGGGGCUAUUGUCAAUCUGGGCUCUGCUUCUUCCAAGGUUGCCGCACCAGGCGUCCUACCCUACACGGCAUCCAAGCAUGCGGUUCUGGGGUUGAGCAAGAACGCAGCUCUGGACAAUGUGGAGUAUGGCAUCCGGGUGAAUUGCGUGUGUCCAUCAUGGGUGGAUACCCCGAUGGUCCAGGAGGCUGUGGCGGGGGUGGACGGACUGGCCGAUUUCAUCAAGGCGGCGGUUCCGAUGGGACGCAUUGCCCAGACCGAGGAAGUGGCCGACGCGGUGAUCUUUCUGUGCAGCCCCCGUUCGAGCUACAUCACUGGAAGCGACUUGAUAGUGGAUGGCGGGACAACUUUGACGGCUUCGCGCUAAGGUAGUGUAGUCUGCAUGAUCCUGAUGGAUCUAUCAAUCAGAUAUUUGACUGUGCAGACCUUAGGCCUGUUGUUGUGUGUUCCCUUUUUCCCGUGCAGAUCUAUGAAUAACUUCUGCUGGAACGUUGCAGACAGCGAUAUUGGAUCCUGAGUAAGCACUAAAAGCUGCGGCCUCAUCCGCUACUCCGCCGUAGCUUCUUCACCAUGCACGUCCUAGUCGCAAUUUCGCUGCAG